AUGGCCGUGGCGCUUUCUGCUGCCGUGCCCAGCCUGCUUUCCAGCUCGCCGUUUGUGGAUAACCUCAUUCAGGCCAAUGCCACCGGCGACGACGAUGCCAUCGAGACUUUCCCAGAAUCAUGGACCUGGGGCGUUUCUCAGGUCCCCAAUGUGCUUAACAAAUCGGCCGUGGACGCCAACGAGGAGGCGCUGGGCUACCAGUUGUUGAAUGUCUCCAGAAGCGCCAAGGGCCUCUCGGGAUUCCUCCGUUUGCAGAAGGAAUCCGACCUCUACGGCUUCGACUACGACAUAUUGAAGCUCGACGUCGAGCACCAGCUGGAGUCCAGGCUCCUGGUGCACAUUGAGCCCAAGAACCUCACCGACGUCUACAAGCUUUCUUCCGACUUGGUGCCUGAACCGGAGUCUUCCAACUCGACUUCUUUCGGUUCCGACUUGGUGUUCCGCCAUUCCGGCGUCAACGAGCUGUUCUGGUUUGAAGUCGUCCGCAAACUGAACGCAGAGGUGCUUUUCUCCACCAAAGGCAACCCGCUCGUCUUUUCCAACCAGUUUGUCCAGUUCAACACCUCUCUUCCGGAGGGCCACGUAAUUACCGGUUUGGGCGAGGCCAUCAAGGGCUUUACAAACCCGCCGGGCACCGUCAGAACACUCUAUGCCAACGACGCUGCUAAUCCAGUAGACGGCAACAACUACGGCGUCCACCCCUUCUACAUCGACCAGAGAUACGCCAAUUUGAGCGAAGCAAACGCCCACCAGGGCCCUGUCAACGAAACCCGCUAUCCUGGCGUCAAAUGGGGCAAUCUGACCAACCUGACGCUCGGAAACUCCACUGUUUCCAAUCUGAGCUUCUACGAGGACUUCACGCCGCUUAACAAAUCGUACACACACGGCGUCUGGUGGAGGACCCUGGCGCCCCAAGAGGUCGUCGUUGAAGAAGAAGCCCUUACGUGGAGAGCGCUCAAUGGCGUGAUUGACCUCUACUUCUUCUCGGGACCUACUCCAAAAGAUGUGAUCCAGCAGUACGUCACGGAAGUCGGCAAACCUGCUCUCCAGCCUUACUGGGCAUUGGGAUACCACCAGUCCCGUUGGGGAUACGCUUCUGUGGACAAAUUGCAGGAUGUUGUAGACCGGCUUGCUGCAGCAGAUCUCCAGCUUGAAGCCGUCUGGACAGACUUGGACUACAUGUCUGGGUUGAAGGACUUCACCAACGACCCGGUCCAGUACCCGCUUGACAAGUUCCAGAGCUUCCUUGCGGACUUGCACGACGGUGAUCAAAAAUACAUUCCUCUUGUGGAUGCAGCCAUCUACCACCCCAACCCUGAGAACGAAACCGACAACAACUACAGUGUUUUUGGCGACGGCGUUGAAAAAGACGUUUUCUUGAAAAACCCCGACGGCUCCUUCUACAUCGGCGCCGUGUGGCCCGGCUACACUGUGUUCCCCGACUUCCUCGGCAACAACACCUACGAAUGGUGGAAGGGCGCUUUGGAGGACUGGCGGGACGAGGUCGAGUACGACGGAAUCUGGCUCGACAUGAACGAGGCCUCUUCUUUCUGCGUGGGUUCUUGCGGAACCGGCAAAGUCCAGAGCAAUCCCGUUCGGCCGCCUUUUGAGUAUGGCGGGUUGCAAGAACAGUUUCCUGAAGGAUUUAAAAAAUCCAACGCCACGGAGUACAAGCAGUUUUUGCAGUUGCUUUCCAGCCAGACGGCCGAGAACACCUCGACCGUGCUGAACUCCAGCUCCUCCGACUUUUUCAACUCCAAGCAAGACGGAAAAGGCAACAUCAACUACCCACCCUACGUGCUCAACAACGUCCAGGAGGGCCACGAUCUUGCUGCACACGCCAUUUCGCCAAAUGCCACCCACGCCGACGGCUCCGUCGAGUACGAUAUCCACAAUUUGUACGGAUACCUCCAGUGCAACGCAACCUACCAUGCUCUCACCGAGAUCCAGCCAAAUAAGAGACCCUUCAUCAUUUCCAGAUCGACCUUCUCCGGCCUGGGCGCCUAUGCGGGCCACUGGGGCGGCGACAACUGGUCGAAUUUCACCUACGCUUAUUACUCCAUUCCCCAGGCGCUCACCAUGGGACUUUCGGGCAUUCCGUUCUUUGGCGUGGACGUCUGCGGCUUCAACGGCAACGCCGACUUGGAAUUGUGCUCCCGCUGGAUGCAAUUGGGUGCUUUCUUCCCCUUCUACAGAAACCACAACGUCUUGGGCGCCAUAGAUCAGGAACCCUAUGUGUGGGAGGAUGUGCUUGAGCACUCCAAGAUCACCAUGGACAUCCGGUACUCGCUUUUGCCUUACUACUACACGUUGCUCAAGGAGGCCUCUGAAACCGGUGUUCCUGUUCUUCGAGCCCUUUCGUGGGAGUUCCCAGACGACCCUGCUCUUUCUGAUGCAGACAGGCAGUUUUUCGUUGGAGAAGCGCUUUUGGUGACCCCCGUGCUCCAGCCCAAUGUUUCGGAAGUUGACGGUGUUUUCCCCGGCGCCAACGUCACCGACCUCUACUACGACUGGUACACUUACGAGCAGGUGAAUGUCACUGACGGUAAAAACGAGACCUUGGAGGCUCCACUCGGCCAUAUUCCGCUUCAUAUUCGUGGAGGUCACAUCAUUCCUCUUCAGGAUCCCGGCUACACGACGGCAGAGUCGAGAAACAAUUCCUGGACGCUUCUUGUGCCCUUGGGCAUCGAGGGUACUGCCUUCGGUUCGUUGUACUCAGAUGACGGAAUCUCGUACCCUGUGAGCAACUCGACCACGGUGGAAUUUGUCGCAGGCGACGGUGUUCUUUCUUCUUCUGCUUAUGGAGACUACGAGAUCGAGCAGCCCUUGGCGUCGGUGGUGAUUUUGGGUGUGGACGAGGAACCUUCUUCUGUGAGAUUCAACGACGAGACGGUGAACUUUGACUACUACAACAAGACGAUCGAGGUGCUGGAUUUGGAGGAGUAUACCGAGAAGGGCGCCUUCCAGCAGGACUUCCGUCUCUCGUGGGAAUGA